CAUUAUAAAGGAGGCCGUCAAGCAGCACUCUACACUUUUACCUGAAGCCCACUUCACCUGGACACUAACUAUGGGGUGGACAACUCUGUGGUUGUGUGUUCUCGCUCUGACACUAACGAGCGCCAUCCAGGUGAAAGCCAGGAAAGCGCGCCAGUCCAACCAUGUGAACAGCAUCUGCAGCACCUGGGGCAGAGAGCACUUCAAGACCUUCGAUGGAGACGUGUACCAGUUCCCAGGGACGUGUGAAUACAACCUGGCCUCCGACUGCCACUCUGAGUCCUACCAGGAGUUCUCUGUGCACCUGAAGAGGAACGAGGCUACUGAGGCUGAGGGGAACCCUACGGUCAAACACGUAGUGGUCACUAUCAACGACCUGGUCUUCCACCUGACCAAGACUCAGGUCGCGGUCAAUGGAGAAAUUGUAACUCUGCCGUACUACAAUGGAGGAGUCCAACUGGAGAGGAAUGCAGUUUACACCAAACUCUACUCCAAGGUUGGCCUGGUUGUCAUGUGGAACGGAGAAGAUGCUGUCAUGGUGGAGCUGGACACAGAGUACACCAACCGUACCUGUGGUCUCUGUGGAGACUUCAAUGGCCUUCCAGUCCACAAUGAGUUUGUUCAUAACGGUCGUAAAGUGAGCCCCAUUGAGUUUGGAAACAGACAGAAGGUCCACAGGCCCAACGAGGACUGUGAAGACCCCUAUGAAGAGGAAGAGGAAGAUGAACCUGCAGACAUUCAGCCUAAAGAGGACACAUGCAAGGAGUUUCAUGCCCAGUGUGACCAGCUCCUGCGCUCGCCGUUGUGGAGCUCCUGUGGUGCGGUCGUGAACCCUGAGCCCUACAUCCAGGCCUGUGUUCAGGACCUGUGUGGCUGCAGCAACACUUCUGAUAGCUUCUGUGUCUGCAGCACCCUGGCAGAGUACUCCAGACAGUGCUCCCACGCCGGGGGACAGCCACCCCACUGGAGAACAACAUCCUUCUGUGACAAGCAGUGCCCGUUCAACAUGGUCUAUCUGGAGAGUGGCUCUCCCUGCAUGGAUACCUGUACCCACUCAGACACCAGCUCACUGUGUGAAGAACACCUGAUGGAUGGCUGCUUCUGCCCUCAAGGGACUGUGUUUGAUGACAUCUCAAAGGGGUGUGUCACUCAGGACCAGUGUCAGUGCAAACAUGACAAGGUUUACAACUCUGGAGAAGUAUUCAGACAGGACCGUGAGGAAUGUGUCUGUCAUCAUGGUCAGUGGUCCUGUAAAAGUCUGCCCAGCCCUGCUACAUGUGCCGUUGAGGAGGGUUCACACGUGACGACCUUCGAUGGGAAAGCGUUCACCUUCCAUGGGGACUGUUACUACCCCUUAGCCAAGGUGGAAAGCAAGAAUGAAGCCAGUCCAAAGUUCACUGUACUGGUCCAGCUGGUUCCCUGUAUAAGACAGAAGUUUGACACUUGCCUCAAGAGUGUUGUGGUCUUGCUAAACAAUGAUAGAAACAACGCUUUGGUGAUCACCGCCGAUGGGAAGGUCAGCCACAAUGCACAGAUCACUCUGCCUUACAACACAGCUGACAUCAGUGUGUUCAAGCCCUCGUCCUUCCACGUGAUGCUCCAGACCAGCUUUGGGCUGCAGGUUCAGAUCCAGCUGGUCCCUAUCAUGCAGGUCUAUGUCACCCUGGACGAGAGCUACAAGACCAAGACACAAGGUCUGUGUGGGAACUUCAACAAGGUUCUGUCCGAUGACAUGAAGACCCCCCAGGGUAUGGUGGAGGGAACAGCCUCUUCAUUUGGGAACUCCUGGAAGGCUAAUCCUACCUGCAGAGACAGAGAGGAGAGGCUGGACGACCCCUGCUCCCUCAGCGUGGAGAAUGAGAACUAUGCUAAACAUUGGUGCUCCAUGCUAAGAAGUUCUGACAGCACUUUUGCCAAGUGCCAUGCCAUGGUGGACCCCGAGCUUUACUACAAGCGAUGCACGUACGCUAGCUGCAACUGUGAGAAGAGUGAAGACUGCCUGUGUGCCGUCUUCUCCUCUUAUGUGCGAGACUGUGCUACCAAGGGAGUGGUCCUGUCAGGCUGGAGAGAGAACGUGUGUGACAAAUACAUUGGUAACUGCCCAGCGUCUCAGACCUACUCUGACCAGCUCCAGAGAUGUCAGCUGACCUGUAGCUCCCUGGCCAGCAAAAGCCAGGGUUGUACCAAUGACUUCCUCCCCGUGGAUGGUUGUUCUUGCCCGGAUGGACUCUACAUGGAUGACAGGGGCACCUGUGUACCCAUGGACAAAUGCCCCUGCUUCCACAACGGGGUCCACAUCAAGCCUGGAAAGUCCAUCAACAUUCAGGAGGAACACUGUGUCUGCAACAAUGGGAAGCUUCACUGCCGUUCCUGGAAGAUGCGUUCAGAGAGUACCUGCCAGUCGCCGAAGGUGUUCUUGAACUGCUCCAAUGACCUGGGAGUACAGUGUACACGGAGCUGUAGGAACCCGGAUUUCAUGGACUGUUUCUCCGCAGAGUGUGAGUCUGGGUGCAAGUGUCCCACGAGUCUGUGGGAGGAUGGGAAAGGCAUGUGUGUGAAUAAACAUGAAUGCCCAUGCAGCCAUGACGGAUUCCUCUACGCCCCAGGAAAACAGAUCCCAAACGGAUGUAACACUUGCACCUGUAAGAGUGGGAAAUGGGAGUGCACAGAUAAGAAGUGCCCAGGAACCUGUACCAUCUACGGCAGUGGCCAUUACAAAACCUUUGAUGAGCGCACGUAUGGCUUCCAAGGAAAAUGUGGCUAUGUGGCUGUCCAGAACAAAUGUGGGAACCGGCCUGUCCAGGACAAAUUCAUGGUGAUCACAGAGAACAUACCGUGUGGAACCACAGGCACCACUUGCUCCAAGUCUGUCAGGGUUCAACUGGGGAGAACAGAGCUGAAACUAUCAAAGGGGACCCAUGAAGUGGUGGACCUAGGAGUGGGCUCUCAGAUCCAGUACCGAGUGAGGACCGUCGGUCUGUACCUGAUUGUUGAGUCAGACAUCGGGAUCGCAGUGCUGUGGGACCGCAAAACUACCGUCCGCAUCGUCCUGGAGCCACAGCAUAGUGGAGCAGUGUGCGGCCUGUGUGGGAACUAUAAUGGAGAAGGCAGAGAUGACUUCACCACACAAGGUCAGAUGAUAGUCAGCAGCCCUGUGGAGUUUGCAAACAGCUGGAAAGUGUCAAGCACUUGUCCCGACGCAGAAAGCAACGUGGACCCAUGUGGAGCCAGACCCAACCGUCACAACUGGGCUAAGAUGCAGUGCAGCAUCAUCACAGGAAAGACUUUCCAACUGUGUCACAAGAAGGUAGACCCUAGUCUGUACUUUGAGAACUGUGUGAAAGACUCCUGUGCCUGUGAUACUGGCGGAGACUGUGAGUGUUUCUGUACAGCUGUAGCAGCCUACGCCCAGGCCUGCACCGAAGCUGGAGUCUGUGUUGCAUGGAGAACACCAGAAAUUUGUCCUGUGUUCUGUGACUACUACAACGAUCCAGGUGAAUGUGAAUGGCAUUACAGUCCUUGCCACACACCUUGCUUCAAGACCUGUCUGAAUCCAAAUGGGACCUGUGACAACCCUCUUCCCAAUCUGGAAGGUUGUUACCCACAAUGCCCUCCAGAUAUGCCAAUAUUUGAUGAAGAGACCGGGGAGUGUGUUGAGGAAUGCCCACCAACAGGCCCAUCAACAACAACCCCCCAGGCAACCACACCAACACCAACAACAACACCGUGGACACCAACAACUACCACAUUGACAACAGAACCUCCAACCACAACACCAACACCACCAACAACAACACAAACACCACCAACAACCACACCACCACCAACAACAACAACACCAAUGCCACCAACAACAACACAAACACCACCAACAACCACACCACCACCAACAACAACAACACCAAUGCCACCAACAACAACCACACCAAAACCAACAACAACCACACCAAAGCCAACAACAACCACACCAAAACCAACAACACCAAUGCCACCAACAACAACACAAACACCACCAACAACCACAACACCAACAACAACAACACCAAUGCCACCAACAACAACACCAAUGCCACCAACAACAACACAAACACCACCAACAACCACAACACCAACAACAACCACACCAAAACCAACAACAACCACACCAAAGCCAACAACAACCACACCAAAACCAACAACAACCACACCAAUUCCACCAACAACAACACCAACAACAACAACAACAACACCAUUACCACCAACAACAACCACAACAAUACCAAAAACAACAUCACCAAUACCACCAACAACAACAACAAUACCAACAACACCAACACCAACAACAACAACAACAACACCACCAACAACAACAACACCAUUACCACCAACAACAACCACAACAACACCAACACCAACAACAACAACAACACCAUUACCACCAACAACAACCACAACAAUACCAACAACAACACCAAUACCACCAACAACAACAACAACACCAAUACCAACAACAACAACAACAACAAUACCAACAACCACACCAAUUCCACCAACAACAACCACACCAAUACCACCAACAACUACCCCCCAGACACCAGAGCCAACAACUACUCCUUGUAUUCCUACCUGUGAGUGGUCAGAAUGGUAUGAUGAAGAUGAUGAUAAAGAUAAGAGUGACUGGGAAACGUAUUGGAAUAUCACGCAGAGUGGAAAAGAAGUGUGUGCAGAUCCACAGGAUAUUGAAUGUGUAGCUACAGACUAUCCAAAUACAAGCUUAGAGGACUAUGUAGCUUCGACAGGCCAAGUUGUGGAGUGCGAUGUUGACUUCGGGUUAAUAUGUGAAGAAAAUAAACAAACUCAGAGACCAUUUAAGUGCUUUAACUAUAAGAUUAGAGUCCUCUGUUGCGUUGAAUGUUUAUCAACAACAUCACCAAAACCAACAACAACACUAACAACAACAGCACCUUCACCACCCACAACUACCACACCAAAACCACCAACAACAACCACACCAAUACAACCAACAACAACAACACCAAUACAACCAACAACAACAACACCAAUAGCAACAACGACAACACCAAUACCACCACCAACAACAACAACAACACCAACAACACCAACAACAACCACACCAAUACCAACAACAACAACAACAACACCAAUACCAACAACAACACCAACAACAACAACAACAACACCAACAACAACAACAACACCAAUACCAACAACACCACCAACACCAUCAACAACACCAACAACAACAACAACACCAACAACCACACCAAUACCACCAACAACAACCACACCAAUACCACCAACACCAUCAACAACACCAAUACCACCAACAACAACAACAACACCAAUACCACCAACAACAACAACAAUAGCAACAUCAACAACACCACCACCACCAACAACAACACCACCAACUCCAACAACAACAACAACACCACCAACACCAUCAACAACAACAACAACAACAACACCAACACCAUCAACAACAACAACAACACCAACAACAACAACCACACCAAUGCCACCAACAACAACAACACCAAUACCACCAACACCAUCAACAACAGCAAUACCACCAACAACAACAACAACACCAAUACCACCAACAACAACAACAAUAGCAACAUCAACAACACCACCACCACCAACAACAACACCACCAACUCCACCAACAACAACAACAACAACACCACCAACACCAUCAACAACAACAACAACACCAACAACAACAACCACACCAAUACCACCAACAACAACAACACCAAUACCACCAACAACAACAACAAUACCACCAACACCAUCAACAACACCAAUACCACCAACAACAACCACACCAAUACCAACAACAACAACAACAUCAGUACAACCAACAACAACCACACAAACACCAACAACCACACCAAUUCCAACAACAACAACCACAACAAUACCACCAACAACAACCACACCAAUACCAACAACAACAACAACAUCAAUACAACCAACAACAACCACACAAACACCAACAACCACACCAAUUCCACCAACAACAACCACACCAAUUCCACCAACAACAACCACAGCAAUUCCACCAACAACAACCACACCAAUUCCACCAACAACAACCACAACAAUACCACCAACAACAACACCAACAACAACCACACCACCACCACCACCAACAACAACACCACCAGCAACCACACCACCACCAACAACAACACUACCACCAACAACUACCACACCAUUACCACCAACAACAACCACACCUAAACCACCAACUACAACGGAAGCCAUAACUCUAACCACAACCCCAACGACAACAGAAGAAUCAACCACAACACCCAGUACAACUGAAAAACCAACCACAACCCCAACGACAACAGAAGAACCAACCACAACCCCAACGACAACAGAAGAACCAACCACAACCCCAACGACAACAGAAGAACCAACCACAACCCCAACGACAACAGAAGAACCAACCACAACCCCAACGACAACAGAAGAACCAACCACAACCCCCAGGACAACUGAAAAACCAACCACAACCCCAACGACAACAGAAAAACCAACGACAACCCCAACGACAACAGAAGAACCAACCACAACCCCAACGACAACAGAAGAACCAACCACAACCCCCAGGACAACUGAAAAACCAACCACAACCACCCCUGUCAUAGAUACCACAACCACUAAAGCUCCUACAACAACACCUAAACCACCAACUACAACACAAGCCACAACUCCAAUGACAACCACAUCACCAACAACCCAUGAAUCGGUUGUCACUGGUCCUCCAAUAACACCAGAACAUCAAGUCAGUUCAAUACCAACCACAACUGGGUCACCAACCCCUCCACCAGUCACUUGUCCUGAGUGGGACAAAGUGCAAAAUGAAACUUUCUGGCUCUGCAACUGCACUUUGGCCAGAUGCAUUGAAAACAACACCAUUGAGAUAAUUCCGUAUGAAUGCCCAGAGCCUGAGCCAAUCACAUGUACCAAUGGCAAGAAACCAGUGCUACAAUGGGAUGAGUUCUACUGCUGCCAACGAUUCGUGUGUGACUGCGUCUGUGAGGGUUGGGGAGACCCCCAUUACAUCACCUUCGACGGGCUCUUCUACAGCUUCCAAGGGAACUGUACCUAUGUGCUGAUGGAGGAGAUGUUGCCGCGUCACCACUUCAAGAUCUACAUCGACAAUGUCAACUGUGAUCCCACCGAGGACGUGUCUUGUCCUCGAUCCAUCAUCGUGUCCUACCGCUCAACAGUUAUAACACUGAAGAAUCACAACCUCAUUGGAGCUGCUCAGUUGGAGGCUCUUAUUGAUGGAGUUUCCCUGAGACUACCCUUCACGCAGCACGGUGUGAAGGUGAUGAACUCUGGUAUCAACAUGGUCUUGGAGAUAGCACACCUCCAGGUGGUAGUUACCUUUGGAGUCACUGGCUUCAGCGUCAACCUUCCUUGGCAACACUUUGGCAACAAUACACAGGGUCAUUGUGGAACAUGUAGCAACAACCAGGCUGAUGACUGCAUGUUGCCUGGAGGUCAGCUGGUGGAGAACUGUGCUCUGAUGGCAGACUACUGGCCAGCCAAGGACCUCUACCAACCUGACUGCCAUGUGCCACCUGGAAUCCCCACCAACUCUCCUCUCCCUGAACCCACACAGAAGCCAUGCGAGCCAGACUCCUCUGUCUGUGAUCUCCUGAAGGACAGCAUUUUUGCAGCCUGUCAUCCAUUUGUCUCACCUGACAACUUCUACAAGGGCUGUGUCUAUGACAGCUGCCACGUGUCCAACCCAGCGGUGGAGUGCACCAGUCUGCAGACAUACGCUGCUGCCUGUGCCCAGUUCGGAGUAUGCAUCUACUGGAGAAACCACACCGAGCUCUGUGCCAGCGACUGUCCAGCUGACAAAGUCUACAAGCCCUGUGGUCCUGCAGAACAGCCAACCUGUGAUGACAAUCCAGACGAGUCUCGGAUGAACUUCACCACAGAAGGCUGCUUCUGUCCUGAUGGGAUGAAACUCUUCAACAAGGACUCAGGGAUCUGUGUUGAUAAGUGUGGAUGCAUUGACCCUGAAGGAGUUCCGCGAGAGUUCAACGAGAGGUUUGAGUACAAGUGCCAGGACUGCGUUUGUUUGGAAUCCACCAAGACUGUGAACUGUAAACCCAAGGUCUGCUCCAAACCACCAGUAGAGAUCUGCACUGGACCAGGUUUUGUAUAUGUCAACCAAACCGAUCCAUCCGAUCCAUGCUGCUCCAACCUCGCCUGCCGUUGUGACAGCAGCACUUGCCCACCUACCAACAUGAACUGUCCUAUUGGGUUCGUGCCAGUGGUUUCAGUCCCUGAGGGGAAAUGCUGUCCAGAGCACACAUGUGAGCCUAAAAGAGUUUGUCUUCACAAAGGCAUUGAAUACCUGCCCAAUUCUAAAGUACCGGGAUCAGAGUGCCAGGAGUGCACCUGCACCAACAAAGUGGACCCCAAGUCUGGUCAUUACCAAAUUGACUGUGGAUUCAUGCAAUGUGACGAAGAUUGUGAAAAGGGAUCUGAGUACCAGGAGCCAGACUACUCCUCAGAUGACUGCUGUGGUAAAUGUGUUCAGACCCACUGUGUCCUCCAGAUCAAUGGGACCAUGCAGUUGUUGAAGCAUGGAGAUACAUGGUCUGCUCCUGGUGACAAGUGCCAGCAGUACAGCUGUGUGAAAAACGGUGAUAGUUAUCUGACCCAGAGCUCCAACAUCCAUUGCCCACCCUUCCAGCAGGCCAACUGCCAGCCUGGUUCAAUUCAGACCGCUGCAAACGGCUGCUGUAGAAUUUGUGUGGAGAAGGACAAGGCCUGUAAGGUAGGAUCCAUGAAGAGUUUCAUCAACCACAAGAGCUGCCAGUCUGUUGAGGAGGUGGAGAUGCCGUACUGUGAGGGAUCCUGCAACACCUUCACCAAGUACUCUGCCAUGGCUGCGUCUCUGGAUCACUCCUGUGCCUGUUGCCAGGAGUCCCGGUCCAGUAACCGCACGGUGGACCUACGUUGUCUGAAUGGAGAUGUGGUGCCCUACACCUACCUACACGUGGAGGAGUGUAGCUGCAGACACAGCGACUGCAACAGAGCCAUUAGGGUGCCUGCCCGCAGGACACGCAGCAACACGCUGGUGUAAAUGGGAUCUGUACUAAUACAGAUGGGAAUGGUCCAGCACCAAUCCACUCGCUGCUUCCUAAGGAACACCCUGCUACCCUGCUUCACAUGGCUGUUAUUUAUCUAAUCGCUUUGAUUUAUAUGUCAAAUGUAGAUUAAAUCAUAUUUAAAAUGUAGAAACGUAUGCUUACUUAUCUUAUUAAAAUACAACCUUCAAAUA